GGGCGGGGUCAAGGGGCGGGGUCAGAGGGCGGCCGCGGGGCCCGGCGCGGCGCAGGCGCAGCGGCCGGCGGGUGAUGGCAGCAUGGAGGAGCGUAAGGACAGCGCGGAGCCCGCGGUGACCACAACGGAGGAGGACGAAGAGGAGGAGGAGGAGGAGGGGGGGGGGGUUGGCAGAGCGUUUCCUACAGCUGGAAAAGGAGCACAACGCGCUGCUGCGGGAGCUGCCGCCCUUCGGGGCCCCCGUGAGCCACGUUUACAGCCCUCUGGACUACGCCUGGGAGCCUCACCGGGACUUCGUGCGCCGCUAUUGCCGCGGCCCCAAGAGAGUCCUCUUCCUUGGCAUGAACCCCGGCCCCUUCGGCAUGGCCCAGACCGGGGUCCCCUUCGGUGAGACCCGACACGUCCGCGAGUGGUUGGGGGUCAGCGGUGAGGUCGGGAAGCCGCCGUCGGAGCACCCCAAACGUCCCGUGUUGGGUCUGACCUGCAAGAGGGCGGAGGUGAGCGGCACCCGCUUCUGGGGGCUCGUCCGGACCCUCUGCCCCGACCCCCACGUCUUCUUCCGUCACUGCUUCGUCCACAACCACUGUCCCCUCCUCUUCCUCGCCCCCAGCGGUCGCAACCUGGCCCCGAGCGAGCUGCCCCCUGCUCAGCGGGUCCAACUGAUGGGGCUGUGUGACCGGGCGCUGGCGCGGGCUGUGGGGCUGCUGGGGGUGAGGAUGGUGGUGGGUGUGGGGCGUUUUGCUGAGCAGAGAGCCCGCCGGGCUUUGGCUGCUGCCGGUGUGACCGUAAGGAUCGAAGGCUUCCCGCACCCCUCACCCCGCAGCGCCCGCGCCAAUAAGGGCUGGGAGGAGCAGGCGAGGGCGAGGCUGGGGGAGCUGGGGGUGCUGGAGCUGUUUCGGGAGGGGGGGGGGUCACCAGGAGGGGGCAGGGAUGGAUCUGAGCCGCCGUUGGUCAUAAAGGAGGAGGUGGAGGAGGAUUAGAGGGGGGUCCGUGCCUCGGUUUCCCCUCUGGAGGGUAGGGAGGGUUGGGUUAGGAGGGGGGAGGGUGUGGGUUUUGUUCCCCACGUGGGUGGGUGGGGUGGGGGAGGGGGGGGAUCCAGGCCUCACGUGCCCCCCCAUCAGGAGGUGGGUUGGGCUUUUUGUAGGGGGUGACAAAGGACAGCCCCGUGCCUCAGUUUCCCUCAUUAGGAAAGGCUGGGUUCCCUUUAGGAGGGGGAAGGGGGUGGAUCCUCACUCUCCCCCCUCCCCCCCCCCAUCUCCUCUCCCCCCCAUCUCCUCCCCCCCCAUCUCCUCCCCCAGCUCAGGGUCUCAUUUUCUGCUUCCCCACCCCGUGCCUCAGUUUCCCUUCACGGAAGGGACGACCCCAACCCCAGGGACGGACCCCUCCUGGGGACCCAAACCAGCAGCUUCCAGUUUCCCCAGUCUAAGUGGUGUAACACUAAAUGGGCCGAGGCUCAGUGGGGCACUCAGUGGUGUCCCCCACCCCACACACAGAGCGGUGCCUCAGUUUCCCCCAGGAGCAGCCUGGCAGCCCAGCACUCGGCCCACACUCCCCUAUGGGGCUUUUCACCCCAUUAUUCCCACCGAAACCCCCCCAGUUUUGGGUAUGGUUUUUUAAUCAAUGCUUUAUUAAAGGGCCCAACAGCCCCGCUUGCUCCUAGCAGGGGAAACUGAGGCACGGAGGGGCGCGGGGUGGGGACAGUGACAGCAUUAGGGCGCCAGGUCCCCGUGUCCCUCCGUGUGCCUCAGUUUCCCCCGCCACCAAUAAACGCUGUGUCCCGUG